AGUUGAGGCGGUGGAUAAGUGUGGUUUAGAGUGGUUUGAUUAUUAUUAUCAUAAGAGCUUUUUGUUACCAAUUUUAAGCUUUGUUUUUCGAUCAUUGGCAUUGGCCCAACCCCACCAAGAAGAAAAUAAAACCAUCCCUAGAAAUAAAGGAGAAAGAAAGAAAAAAGCUAUCUGGGUUUCGUUUGUAAUUUUUUGAACUACUGAGCACGCGAUCAAACGCUUCAAUCUUGUUUCCAAAAUUUCAUCUUUUUUUUUUUUUUUUUGGUUCUUUCUUCUCAGUCAAAUCCCAUACGGUUGUUGGAAUUGGAAUUAGUGUUUUCUAACAAAAUCAGAAUCUGGGUCGAUGGCUAAUCUCUAUGUCAAGGCUGUACCCCCGGCGGAUCUGAAUAGGAACACAGAAUGGUUUAUGUAUCCCGGUGUUUGGACGACCUAUAUUCUCAUUCUCUUCUUCGCUUGGCUUCUCGUUCUAUCUGUAUUUGGCUGCUCUCCUGGCAUGGCUUGGACCGUCGUCAAUCUAUCUCAUUUUGCUGUCACUUACCACUUCUUCCAUUGGAAGAAAGGGACACCAUUUGCUGAAGACCAGGGGAUCUACAACAGGUUGACAUGGUGGGAGCAGAUUGAUAAUGGAAAGCAGCUUACGCGCAACAGAAAAUUCUUGACCGUUGUUCCUGUGGUGCUGUACUUGAUAGCCUCGCACACAACUGACUAUCAACAUCCAAUGUUGUUUCUCAACACUCUUGCAGUAAUUGUACUAGUUAUUGCAAAGUUUCCCCACAUGCACAAGGUACGUAUCUUCGGAAUCAACGCCGACAAGUGAAGGUCACAUCAAGAAAUAUUUGGUUCGACUUGCCAAAAAGCUUCUCGUCCUCCUCUCAAUCUGGUAAAAUGUUAUAUCUCUGUAUAGUAGUUGGGACUGGAAGGAUACUGAAAAAUUUGUAGUUUUUUCUUUUCUUUUUCUCUUUUUCUUUUUUGUACCGACUGCUUGUUCCGCCUGUUGCUUAAUGAAUAAGUAAAUGCAAUUAUCUUUUA